AGGAAAUUGCUGUAAGUACACAAUGGACCUUCUACGAAGUUAGUAAGAGGUAGUUGUUGUUUCUCUAAACGACAACUUAAGUUGAUAUCAAUGUAGCCUUUGCAUUUCAUCAAACGUAUUGACGUAAUUUACAAUUUGUUUUCUCCUAAAUACUGAACGCCAGAUAGUUGAGCUAUAUGUAACGUUAGCUGAUUAGCUUCCAUCUGCCCAAUUUCUCUCUCUAUAGCUCGAUGUGUUUUGCGAGUUACCUAGCUAAUGAUGUUCUCGGUUUGACUAACGAGUUUGAGAAUGGCAAACUGAGACAGCCAGUCCCCGCACAUAUAUUUAGCUAGCUAACUAGUGUGUUUGAUCGAUGGCACGGAUACUUCUGCGUUUGUCCGUUGGAGGAAGAGGAAGAUGACAGAGUGGAGGGAUUGACGCGCUGACUGCGACACCAGACCACAGCGGGAACUGCGACUGGCUGACGGACAGGACAGCGACUGGCUGACGGACAGGACAGCGACUGGCUGACGGACAGGACAGCGACUGGCUGACGGACAGGACAGCGAGGCGGAUAAAGAAGAGGGAGAAUGCCGAGGAGAAAACAGUCGAACCCACAGCCCGUGAAAUACGGUGUGGAGUGUGAUCCAGGAUGCCUAGUUCUGGACAGUGACUUCCUGCUUAGUGGAGAGCUCUGUGAGUUUGGAGACACGGAGAUCAUGGGGCUGGACAGAGACACAGCUCUGACGGUGUUUUCUCUGAGUGAAGAAAGCUCCAGCCUUCCGGCUCCGGAUGACUCCACCUUCCCAGCAUUCCUCUCCUGUAAGGGGUGUGGUCAACUGAUUGGGGCCGACCUUGACCUAGGAGCGGGACUACACUUGGGGGUGGGACUCUACUGCACGACCUGUGAGGAGGACGUCCAGUCGGAAUCGCACACAGCCUUGGAGGACACCUCACAAGGGGAGGAGUCAACCCCAGCCGUCCAAUCCCAUGCGGUGCAAGACAGGAAGAGGAAGAGAAGUAAGGCGGGUGAUGAAGAAGACUGUAUGAAGGUGUACACGUGCUCUCUGUGUAGUUUCUCCUCUCGCUACUCCAACCAUCUAAAACGCCACAUGAGAACGCAUGACGGAGAGAAGCCUUACCGCUGUCCCCACUGCCCCUACGCCUCUACGCAGAGGGUCAACCUGCAGAGACACACACGCACACACACCGGGGAGAAGCCCUACCUCUGCAACGCCUGCAGCUAUGCCUGUAGUUCCCUGGGGAACCUGCGGAGGCACCAGCGCUCACACAGCCAGGAACCCCGGGCGCAACGUGCACACACACUGAUGAGACGCAGCAGACGAAAACACACACACCGAGGAAACGCUGAGGUUGAGAGCACACAAUCAGAUGCCUUGGUGUCAGACCUGACCGUGUGUGUGAGGGAGGGCUCUGAUUUCCUCCAGAACCUAGAGGGGGUAGCCUCUCCCUCCUCCUCCCCCCGUCUCCCCCCCUCCGCUCCUCUCCCCGACCUCCUCUUCCCCCUCUGCUGUCGUUCCUGUGGCCUCACCCUGGAAGGAGAGACAGAGGCGGAGGGCAGAGGGCAGGUGUGUAAUAAAUGUUCUGAGUCUCUCAUCUCCAAGAAACCAGGGUCCCCCAGCCCCACUGACACACUCCAGUCAGGGGCCAGCAAGCUGUACCGCUGUCCUCUCUGCCCCUUCCUCUCCCUCUACCCCAACCACCUGGCCCGACACGCCCACACCCACAGCGGGGAGAAGCCCCACCGCUGUCCCCAGUGCCCCUACGCCUCGGCCCACCUAGACAACCUGAAACGCCACCUCCGGGUCCACACGGGGGAGAAGCCUUACCGCUGUCCCAAGUGCUCCUACGCCUGCGGGAACCUGGCCAACCUGAGGCGCCAUGAGAGGAUUCACUCUGGAGCCAAGCCGUUCCACUGCUCUGUGUGUGGCUACAGCUGUAACCAGAGUAUGAACCUGAAGAGACACAUGCUGAGACACACGGGGGAGAAGCCGUAUGGCUGUGCUGAGUGUGACUACACUACGGGACACUGGGACAACUACAAACGCCAUCAGAGGAAACACGGACACAACACCGACAGCUGGGACAAACACACACACCAGGACACUGCAGCAGACAGCUGGGACAAACACACAAACCAGGACACUGCAGCAGACAGCUGGGACAAACACACAAACCAGGACACUGCAGCAGACAGCUGGGACAAACACACAAACCAGGACACUGCAGCAGACAGCUGGGACAAACACACACACCAGGACACUGCAGCAGACAGCUGGGACAAACACACACCCCAGGACACUGCAGCAGACAGCUGGGACAAACACACAAACCAGGACACUGCAGCAGACAGCUGGGACAAACACACACACCAGGACACUGCAGCAGACAGCUGGGACAAACACACACACCAGGACACUACAGCAGCAGACAGCGAGGGCUGGAACACACAGGAGAAAACGGAGAAACACACACCACCACAUACCACAGACCAACUCUGGGUUCAAGAGACAGGGAAGCAUAGCCAAGGAGAGGUGUAGCUGGGGGGAGGGGGUGUUUAUUACACUGGUGACCCCUUCCUCUGUUCUCAGGCCUCAGAGGGGUGGGGCUUAUCUCAGGUGCCUUUAGAGGCGGAGCUACAUGAGCCGUCGUACUACAUGUGAUUGCUGCACUGACCUUUACCUUGGGCAUUAAAGGGCGUGCCAUUAAAGAUUGAUCUUGUUUUUGAACUGUAACAUGUUGUUUUUAAUUCAGUGGAUCCAAUGUUUGAAAUGUAUGUUUUGAUUGAAUUGUAGCCCAUUUCACAGUCAGGUUUUGUAUGACUAAACAAUUUUUUUGUAAACUGCAAUGAACCGAAUUGUGAAAGUGUACAAAUUUGUAUGAUUAUAUUUGAGUUAUUUUAUUAAUCAUUAUUUCAACAAUGUUUCACAGCUGAGUGCAAGGCUACUCAGAGAAUGGACAGGGCCACAGUAAAGGUCUGUCUGCACACAUUGCCUUAUACAUCUCUCCAAUCCUGAAAUAAAGACCUUUAACUGUU